GUUAUGAAUGGAAGCUCGAAUAUAUUGCAUUUUCAUCUUCCUAUUCUUCUACACAUUUCAUAAUAGAAACUGAUCUUUUCCAAACAAAAAACGGAAACGAAUAAAAUACAAUUGCACAUAUUCAGAAGAAAUAUACAUUUAUUUCAUCCGAAUUUACAUUGAAAACACCAGGUUCACGUAAUAAAACAAAAUUCUGGAAGUGAACGAGUCUAGUGUCAACGUUAUCCGUGACCGAAUUCACCGCCCACGCAACAAACUCACCAAAACCUACUUUCGCUUGUUCUGUGAUCGACCAUUCGUUCAAAGAAGAGAAGUACAAGCCGUGACGGUCACCAAUCGUGCCCUUUCACAUCGAAAUAUAAAUAAAUUAUCCUUCAAAAUUAAAUUAGUCGUUACGUUCCCUAUUUCCGCGGUAUACGCGCGCAUCCAAAGUCUGAACUCUCGCGUUCGAAAACCGAGUCGAGGGUUUGAAACACGAUAUGAUCGAUACACUAUUUCGUGCGUAUAUUUUCAAACCUACAUUGUUUUAGGACGCUUUUUGCACAUCCAUUUCGAUCGUUCACGGCUCACAAUUUAAUCCUGCACUAGAAUAUGGCGAGUUUCGCGACGCAAGCGGCUUUGAGAGCUAAAUGGAGCUCCCUGGUAGAGGAACAUUCGAUAGAGGUGCCCCCCGAGGUGUCCAGCAAAGUAACGAGCGUCGUGGGUUGGCUUAAACAGGCCUCGCUUGAAGUGAGGGCUGCGGGUAGGCGCGCGGUUAAUACCCUUGCGGGCGGUAUGAUGUCCGAGAACGUCGUCAUCUUGCAUUUCAACGACGUGUACAACGUAGAAUCGAGGACGGGACCCGAACCGGUGGGCGGGGCCGCUCGAUUUUGUACCGCUGUCAAAAGCUUCCACUCUCUCAACCCACUGGUCCUGUUUAGUGGUGAUGCCUUCUCUCCGAGCAUGCUCAGCACCUUCACGAAAGGCGAGCAGAUGGUGCCGGUGUUGAACGAGAUCGGAACACAUUGCGCGGUUCUCGGGAAUCACGAUUUCGAUCACGGUCUCGAGGUGUUGUCACAGUGGGUGGGGCAGACAGAGUUCCCGUGGCUAAUGUCCAAUGUACUCGACAACGAGACAGGGCGGCCGCUAGGAGAGGGGCGGAUUACGCAGGUCAUGCACUGGGCGGGGCACAGGAUAGGUCUUGUCGGAUUGGUUGAAAAGGAGUGGCUCGACACACUAGCAACAGUCAAUCCCGAUGAAGUGACGUUCCUUGAUUUCGUGGAGGCGGGACAAAAGUUGGCUGCCCAGCUCAAGCAAGAGGGUUGCGAUUACGUCAUCGCACUGACGCACAUGCGCACGCCGAACGACCUCAAGCUCGCCGAGCACUGUGACGAAAUCGACCUGAUUUUGGGAGGCCACGAUCAUGUCUACGAAAUACAUCAUGUGAACGGGAAAUAUGUGAUCAAGAGCGGUACUGAUUUCAGGCAGUUCAGCAAAAUCACGGUCAACUUUGCAGAUUGCGCGAAGGGAAGGCCCGAGGUGACGGUAGAAGCGAUUGAUGUCACCUCGCAGUACCACGAGGACCCGAAACUCAAGGAGAAAUUAGCAAAAUUUACCGGUCUCAUAGAGUCGAAAAUGGACGACGUGUUAGGUUGUUUCGCUGUCCCUUUGGAUGGCAGGUUCACUUCUAUAAGGACGGCCGAAUCCAACCUGGGAAACUGGAUUUGCGACGUGGUGUUGGCUGCCACCGGAGCAGAUCUCGUGAUCCUCAACUCCGGCACCUUCCGAUCUGACCAGGUUCAUCCUGCGGGCGACUUUACCAUGCGCGACCUCACCAACAUUAUACCGAUGAGGGACCACCUUGUCGUCUUGAAGGUCACGGGUCAGCAGAUUCUCGAAGCGUUAGAGAACGGGGUUUCGAUGUACCCGAAGUUGGAGGGGCGGUUUCCGCAGGUGGCGGGAGUUAGCUUCGCGUUUAACCCGACGAAACCACCGGGCCAGAGGGUGGAGCCGAAUUUCGUGCGAGUCGGCGACGAGUACCUCAAACUAGAUCAGUAUUAUAGGUUGGCGACGAAGAACUAUCUUCAUUCGGGCUGCGACGGCUACUCGAUGCUCAAAGACGCGCCGAUUUUGGUUAAUGAAGGCGAAUGCCCCGAGCUCGGCUUGGCCAUCCAGAACCAUUUCCAGGCAAUCAACAUGCGCCUCGGCAAAACUAAGAAACAGUCGAAACACAGACAGUCUCUGGUCACAUUGUCGAGGAGACACAGCCUGGUGAAAAUGCUCGAUGGCAGCGAGCUAGACGGCCCGCCGCCUUUGAGGAGGGCGAGUACGAUCGAGACGUCUAGUCAGCAUGCGCCCCACCACUCGACGAAACUGACGCGGCGCGCGUCUCUUGACGACCUCGAACAAGAGUCGUGUCAGCUGAUACCAAAAAUCGACCACAGAAUAGUGACGAUCAACAGCGAGGAGAGACGGCAGGAGCUGGUCCUGCAACGGCAACGAUUCGAGCAGGACUCAAUCAUUGAGGAGGUGGACGAUGAAUGCUCGCCCCAAAACUAGUUCUCCCUUCCCUCACUUUUUUACGUCGCUUCCAAUCAAAAAUGACGUACAACUUAACGACAAGAUAUAUUAUAUUUCUACAAACUUUUUAACUAAAUGCCUUCAAAAAAAGGAACACCAGUAGAGAAGUUUAUAAAGUACGCCACAACGAACAGUAUUUACAUUCGAAAAUUUGAAUUGUAACGGGUCCGAUAGAGGGAGCUCUUGGCCAUACAGACAACGUUUUGGUUUUUGGUCAAAAGUUUACUCUUUGUAGAUGUCGAAGUAAUAACACCGCCGCUAGCUUGGAUUGUUUUUUUUAAGGAGAAUAAACAGGAACAGAAAUAUAAGCGUAGACCUGCAUUAAUAAAUUUUUGGAUCACUUAACACAGUUAACAUAAAUUAUGUUAAAAGGCAAGAAGUUAGACGAAAAAAUAUUUAGUCUCGAGCUUUUUGUGUAUGCCAAUCUCUAAUAUUAACAAAGUAGUUAGCGCUAUUUCUUUUAGCCCCGCUUCUUAAAGAGAAAUUUACCUACUAAAUUUGUCAUUUUGGAACGAUUUAGGUGGUCCAAAAGUCUUCGAAUUCGAAUUUGAACAAUUUCGACCAGUUUAACCCAAGGGGUUUGCAAUGAUAUUCGUCGUUAUUAUAAAUUCAAUUGCAAUGCGCGACAUAUUUGAAGCACAACGAAAAAAGGGAAGGUAGUUUUGGUUUGGAAUUUGGAAUUGAAAAUGCGAAAAUGCGCCUCCUUUAUAUUUCAUUAUAAUAAAUCGUCAAUUACCACCGAUCGGUUAGUUUUCGUCAUUUCAACGUGCGACGCUUUUAGACGGUACACGAGGGUGACGUAGUGUGUUCGAUUCAAAAAAUGUAGAAGCACCCGUCAUUACUGUUAGAUUUUAUUAUUAGCAAUUGCUGUUUGUGCGGGGACAUUUAAUGAACGCGAUUUAAUGAGCUUUAAAAAACGGAUAUACAGGAUGGAAACCGAAAACAAGGACACGGGACAAUCGUAGAAUUGUAGAGCAAAGAUUAGUCGGUUAUCUCCACUCUGUAAACACGACUUUGCAUAAUAUAUGUGUCUUCUUCAAAUCU